AUGCCAAAAGGGCAGAAAGUCAACGUGAAGGACAAAGUGGACGAUAAUGUCUGCGAUUUGAGUUUGUGUGAAUUGAAAGAAGUUCCGGUAAAAGAAAUUGCAUCAUUUAAACGUGUAAAUGUUUUGGAUUUGUCCAGUAAUCUUUUAAUGUCCCUAGGGAAAAACUUUACCACGCUAACACGUUUGGUUAAAUUGGAUUUGAGUAAAAAUCAAAUUAAAUUCUUACCCGAUGAUUUUGGCCUCUUGAGAAAUUUACGUCAUUUGGAUUUAUAUGACAAUCAAUUGGAACACUUGCCUCUUAGUUUUGGCGAUUUGACCAAUUUGCGCUAUUUGGAUUUAAAAGGAAAUCCAUUGACGCCGGCCUUGGCAAAAAUUGUUGGUAUAAAUAUGACAAUGAAAGAAUGUCAGGAUUCGGCCAAGAGAACGGUAAAAUUCAUGUCUGAUAUGCAAAUUGAAGCUAUUAAGGCCAAAGAACAAUAUCGUCUAGAAAUUUUACAAAAACAAAUGGCCAAUAAUGAUAAAGAAAAUAAUGAAGAGGAUACACCCAACAACAACAGCGAGCAACAAUCAAAAACAAAAAAGAACAAAAAAUCCAAAUCAAAAAAGAAAACAAACAGCAAUGGAUCAGAUGGAUCGAAUAAGAAUAGUACUGCUACAUCUUCCGUUAUGGGAGCAAAUGACAAUAUAACCAUUGCGAAGGCAACAAAAUCGAAAAAGUCUGCUAAUGGAACAAUUAAAGGUUCAUCAUCAUCAUCUGCCACAAACUCCACAAGCACUGCUUUAACAUCAUUAAUGAUUUUCCUUCUAAUGGUCGCCUUCAAUAUUGUCCUCAUCUAUAUGAUUAUGUUUAAAAAUCCUGAAAUUGCUGAAAAACUUGUUGAAUCGAUACCCCACCAAUAUCGUGAUUGGAUUUUGACAAAAACUGAAAUAUUUCGUUUACGUGUUACCGAUUGGAUUACACAAUUUCGUACACCACCAGAAGAACACUGACGGUUCAUCUAUUUGAAGCCAUAAGAGGUUUG